AUGGGCAUCCGGGACAUGUACCUGCUCGCCUACAACGCGAGCAUGUGUGUUGGCUGGGGUGCUAUCCUCGUGAAGGUAGUGAAGCAUUUCGUGGACGGCGGCGACGCUGCGUCUGUCUACCCCGAGAUUGCGCAGCUCCUGUGCGUUGCCCAGACCGGCGCCCUUGCCGAAAUCCUCCACGCCGCCUUCGGGAUCGUGCGCAGUCCCGUCGGCACCACCCUCUUGCAGGUUUUGUCGCGCCUCAUCGUGCUGUACGGUGCCGUGCGCCUCGGUGACACGGAGGCGACACGGAGCCUCGCCUUUGUGCAGAUGGUGGUCGCCUGGUGCCUCAGCGAGGUCAUUCGCUACUCCUUUUACGGUGCGAACCUCCUCAACACCACUGCUCCGCCGCUGACAUGGCUGCGCUACUCCGCCUUCAUGGUCCUCUACCCAGUCGGCAUCACGGGUGAGAUCGGCUGCCUCUACAAGGCGCUGCCGUACAUCAAGAAGCACAAGCCAUGGACAGUGGAGAUGCCGAACAAGCUGAACUUCACGUUCUCGUGGUACAACAGCGUGUGGUUCAUCCUCCUCGGCGUCUACCCCUAUGGCAGCUACGUCAUGUACUCCUAUAUGCUCGCUCAGCGCCGCAAGAUGUUCGCCAAGGCCGCCUCCGAGAGAGCGAAGAAGUCGGCGUAG